AGCGGUAAAAAGGGUGCAUGUGUAAACCCGGUGAAGACAUCAUCCUGCUCCACGCCAGCGCCACCAUCUUCGCACGGCACGAUUCUGAAACCCGCGGGAACGUCGGUGCAGCUCGUCCGGGAACGACAGCACGAUAUUCUGCCGGCGGACAUGAGUAGAAGCGGAGGCAGUUGUUCGAAC